AUGCGGUCCCUGCUCCAGUAUGUGAUCCAGUCCCUAACGACGGCAAAUCGAGCUGUCCUGCAGCCUGUGGUCCCAGGGUCUCUGCUCGUAGCGCUUUAUUACGGCCCUCCACAACUGCGCAACCAGAUCGUCGACUUCUUGGCCCGAUACUCGACGGUGACGCCGCAGAAACUGAAGCUGAUUCUGUCUGUCUGGUUGACGCUAGGCGUAGCGAGAGUCGGCAAUGGCGCUUUGAGCAGACUGGCAGCCAACAACUGGCAUGCAUCUCCGCCAGUGCCCUGGGACUGGCCGACGGAAAUCGCUGUCGUUACGGGCGGAUGUGGCGGCAUUGGACGAGUGAUUGUCGAGGGCCUCGCCAAACGCGGCAUCACGGUCGUCGUGGUGGACUUCCAGGAACUCCCUGAAGAACUGAGGGACAACAAGUUAAUCAAGCAUUUCCCAUGCGAUCUGACAGCUGCCAACGCAGUGGCCGACGUGGCCCAGGCCAUUCGGCUUGAAGUCGGCAAUCCUACUAUCCUAAUCAACAAUGCCGGCAUCAUGGGCACGCAUGGGGUUCUCGAGACGACCGAUGAAUAUCUGCAGAAGAUUUUCAAGAUUAACCUGCUAUCCCACUGGUCCACCACCCGGGAAUUCGUCCCUUACAUGGUCAAGCGCAACAAGGGUCACGUCGUUACCAUCGCAAGCAUGGCCUCGUUUGUCACCGUCGGCACGUCUUUGGACUAUUGCGCCACCAAAGCCGGGGCAUUGGCUUUCCACGAAGGACUCGGAGGCGAGUUGCGCCACAUCUACAAGGCUCCUGGUGUGCUCACUACCGUUGUCCAUCCCAAUUAUGUCCGCACGCCUAUGACCGGAGACCACACCUACCGAUAUGUGCGCCAGGAAGGAAGCAUGCUGGGGCCGGAGGAAGUCGGCAAUCGUGUUGUGCAUCAGGUUCUGUCUGGACGUGGCGGCCAAGUUAUUCUUCCAGAGCAUCUCUCCGUCACUACUUCGCUCAGGGCCUGGCCGACUUGGAUGCAGGACAGCGUUCGUGAUCUUAUCAGCAAGCCGGUUAUUGCAGGUCUGGGAUGA